CCCAGCGGGGCCCCCAGUCUGGGCAGGUGGGGCAGAGUGACCCCCGAACCUAGCGCCACCCUGGAGCAAGGGGGCAGCACAAGCGCCCUCUCUCAGCGGCUGAGCCGGGGUGGCCCCGUGCCCCCCAUGUGGGCCGGGCUCUGGCGAGGGGUCCGUGCGGGGGCAGGGUGCUCCCGGGCGUGUCGGGCUGGGGGGAGGAAGGAGGCGGCUCAGGAAGCUCCGGACAAUGGCCGGGCGGGCGGGGGCCGGGCUCGGGGCCGGGGGCUCCGGGCUCCGCGCUCAGGGAUGGGGCCGCUGCUACUGCUGCUGCUGCCGCUGGCCCGAGGUCUGACCUGCGCCCGGGAUCCCUGCACGAAUGGGGGCACCUGCCUGGCACACCCUGAUGGGAGCCACUCCUGCCUGUGCCCCCCCAGCUUUGUAGGGGAGUCAUGCCAGUUCCAGGAUCCGUGCCGUCCCGGGCGCUGCUGGAAUGGGGGCACCUGCUUCCCCCGGCUCUUCCACCCCUCGGCGCCCCCUACCUACACCUGCUCCUGCCCCCCAGGGUUCACCGGGGACGAGUGCCAGGGGGCCGUGGGCGACCCCUGCUUCCCCUCGCCCUGCCAGAAACAUGGAACCUGCCAGCGCCUGCCCAGCUCCCAGUACCGGUGCCUGUGCAUGGAAGGAUGGACAGGUGAGAACUGCCAGCUGAUGGAUUUCUGCCCCACCAACCCCUGCGCCAAUGGGGGCACCUGCCUGCUCACCUACCCUCACAUCGUGUGCCAAUGCCGGCCCGGCUUCGACGGCCACACCUGCCAGCACGACGUCAACGAGUGCUACCGGGACCCCGGGCCCUGCGCCAACGGGGGCACCUGCCUCAACAGCCUGGGCUCCUUCCGCUGCCUCUGCCCCCCCGGCUUCUCCGGCCCCCACUGCCAGCACCGCGCCGGCCCCUGCCCUGCCUGGCUGUGUCUGCAUGGCGGGACCUGCCGCCCCCUGACCGGCGGCUACCAUGGCUGCCUCUGCCCCCCAGGAUACACGGGGCAGCGGUGCGAGGUGAACCCCGACGACUGCGUGGGGCACCACUGCCGGAACGGGGGGGCCUGCCAGGACGGGGUGGGGACGUACUCCUGCCUCUGCCCCCUCGGCUGGACGGGCUGGGACUGCUCGGGGGACGAGGACGAGUGCUUGGCACCAGCCCCCCCCUGCCACCACGGCGGCACCUGCCACAACCUGCCCGGGGGUUUCCGUUGCGUCUGCGUCAACGGCUGGUCGGGCGCCACCUGCACCCACAACGUGGACGACUGCCUCUCAGCCACCUGCCACCCCGGUGCCACCUGCCUGGACCGCGUGGGCACCUUCCUCUGCCAGUGCCCCCCGGGGCGCACAGGGCUCCUGUGCCACUUGAGGGACGCCUGCCUGAGCAGCCCCUGCCACGUGGAGGCCUCGUGCGAUACCAACCCCCUGACGGGCUCGGCCGUCUGCGUGUGCCAGCCGGGCUACACCGGGCCCACCUGCCGGCAGGACCUGGACGAGUGCCAGAGGGGUGUGGAGCCGUGCGAGCACGGGGGCCGCUGUGAGAACGCCAUGGGGUCCUUCCGGUGCCGCUGCCCGGCCGGCUACACGGGCUCCCGGUGCGAAGCCGACCUGAACGAGUGCCUGAGCCAGCCCUGCCAGGGGGGGGCGCCCUGCCUGGACCUGCUGGGCCACUUCCAGUGCCUCUGCCCCCCCGGCUUCGAGGGCCCCACGUGCGAGCGAGAGGUGGAUGCCUGCACCAGUCACCCCUGUGGGAACGGGGGGCGCUGCCAGGCCGGGGCGGGGGCCUUCCGCUGCCACUGCCCCCCCGGGUUCGAGGGGCCGCGAUGCCUGGAGGAGGCUGGUGCCUGCGCCAGCGACCCCUGCCGGGGGGGCACCUGCCUGGAGGUCGCGGGCGGCUUCUCCUGCCUCUGCCCCCCAGGCUUCACGGGCCCUGACUGCGCCCCCUGGAGCGACGCCUGCAGCCAGCGGCCCUGCGCCCAGGGCACCUGCCACAGCCACCCGCAGGGGUCCCUGUGCGUCUGCGCCCCCGGCUGGACGGGCCGGGACUGCUCGGCCGAGAUCGACCCCUGCAAUUCGGGGCCCUGCCCCCAGGGGGCCACUUGCCAGCCCCAGCCCCCCGGCUACAACUGCACCUGCCCCCAGGGGUUCACAGGUGUGAUGUGCGAGGAAGAGCUGGACAAGUGCCAGGGGGGACCGUGUCAGAAUGGGGGCACCUGCCAGAACAACCCCACUGGGUACCUCUGCCUCUGCCCCCCAGGGUUCAGCGGGGAGCAUUGUGAGAGCGACCUGGACCAGUGCGUCCCCAAUCCCUGCAGGAACGGCGGGUCCUGCCUGGAUGGGGCCGGAGCCUUCACCUGCCUCUGCCCCCCGGGGUUCAGUGGGGAGCACUGCCAGACGCCGCUGCCCCCCCGCUGCCCCCCAUGCCAGAAUGGGGGGCGCUGCCAGCUGGGCGGCCCCUUCCCACCCCGCUGCCGCUGCCCCCCAGCCUGGGGGGGUCCCCUAUGCCAGGAGCCGCAGAGCCCCUGCCAGGCGGCCGCCCAGAGACGAGGGAUGCGGCUGGAGGAUCUGUGCGGGAAUGGGGGGCGCUGUGUGGACGGAGGGGGGACCCCACGCUGCGCCUGUCCCCCAGGCUGGCGGGGCCCAUCCUGCCGCGAGGAGGCCGAUUGGUGCCAACCGGACCCCUGCGAACAUGGGGCCACCUGCCUGGUCCGGCCCGGGGGCUACGUCUGCCAGUGCCUGCCCGGGCAGCACGGGGUGAACUGCUCAGAGCCGGUGCCGGAGGGCCCCUGCCAGCCCCAGCCCUGCCAGAACGGGGGCACCUGCAGCCAGCGCCCCGCCGGCCCCCAUUGCGCCUGCCCCCCUGGCACUCACGGGUCCAGGUGUGAGUCAGUGAUUGACAGCUGCCCAUGUGCCAAUGGGGGGACCUGCGCUGUGACGGGCAGCACCCCCUCCGACUUCACCUGUCGCUGCCCUCCGGGUUACAGCGGUGCCACCUGUGACCUCCAGCUGCCCCCCUGCGGAUCCCACUACUGCCACCACGAAGGGGUGUGCGUCCAGCACCCAGCUGGUCCCCGCUGCCUCUGCCCAGGGGGCUACGGGGGCCCAGACUGCCUCCAGCCCCGCCCCCCGUCUCCCUGCCCCCCCGGCAGCUUGGCCUGCUCCCAGCCUGAGGCAGGGGGGCCCUGCAGGGAACUGGCGGGAGACGGCAUCUGCCAUCCGGCCUGCAGCUCCCCCUCCAGCGACUGGGACGGGGGCGACUGCUCGCUGGGGGUGCUGGACCCCUGGGCAGGGUGCCCAGCGCCGGAGCUGUGCCAGCCGGGCUUCCGUGACGGGCGCUGCCACCCCCAAUGCGACAGCGAGGCCUGUCUCUUCGAUGGGUACGACUGCCGGCCCCCAGCCACCUGCAGCCCGGCCUACGCCCGCUACUGCCACGACCACUUUGCCAACGGACACUGCGACCGGGGCUGCCUGUCCCCCCAGUGCGGCUGGGAUGGGGGGGACUGCGCCCCAGAGGGGGAGGGUGCAACCCUGGGGCUGGCGGCUGCCCUGCCCCUCCCAGCCCUGCCUGGCCUGCUCUACGCCCUGGCGCUGGCCCUGCGUGUGGGGCUGAGCCCCUGGCGCGACCCCCAGGGCCGGCCCAGGCUGUACCCCUACACGGGGCGUGAGGGGCCAGGCAGGGGGAACAGCACCGGCUGGCAGCCCCCCCGCCCUGCUCCGGACCCUGCACCCACCGCAGCCAGCCAGGAGUGGGAGACAGAUGCCAUCGGGUCCGUCGUGUUCCUGGUGCUGGAUGGGUCCCGCUGCGCUGGGCGCUGCCUGACUACCCCCGAGGGCGCCCGGCGGUUCCUGGGGGCCCUGGCCGCCUCCAAUGCUCUGGGGGCACUGACCCCCCACCCCCUGGCGGCCGUGUGGGUCGAAGAGGCCAGCAGUGACCCCCAGGCCUCCGCCCCCCGGCUGCCCUGGCCCCUGCUCGGCAGCCUGCUUGCGGGGGGGCUGGCGCUGGCCCUCGGGGCCGUUGUCGGGGUCCAGCUGCGCCGCCGGGGGACGAGGAAACAGGGGGUGCUCUGGUUCCCUGUGGGGUUCGCCCGCCCCCGGGACCCCAAUGCCCGGCGCCGCCGGGACCCCGUCGGGGAGGAUGCCAUCGGGCUGAAGCCUCUGAAGCUGGAGCCCGAGUUUGAGGACGACGGGCAGCCGAGCCCUCAGCAAAUCAAGGCUGAGGGCCCCCCCCCGGACCAGGACUGCCGGCAAUGGACACCCAAGCACCGGAGCGCUGGGGCUCCCAUCCCACAAUGCAUCAUGCUGACCCCGCCCCAGGACGAGGACCCCGAGGGGCGGGACCUCAACGCCAGGGGACCAGAUGGGGUGACGCCGCUGAUGGCAGCAGUGUGUGCGGGGGGCGCCGUGGGGGAGCUGCUGGCGCAGGGGGCGCGGCUGGACGCCCAGACGGACACGACGGGGGAGACGGCCCUGCACCUGGCCGCCCGCUUUGCCCGGGCUGGCGCCGUCCGCAGCCUCCUGGAUGCCGGCGCCGACCCCAACGCGCGGGACCGGGCGGGGCGCAGCCCCCUGCACAGUGCCAUUGGGGCCGACGCCCUGGGGGCCUGCCAGGUCCUGAUUCGCUGCCGGCAGACGGACCUGGACGCCCGGAUGAGCGACGGCGCCACCCCCCUGAUCCUGGCUGCGCGCUUGGCGGUGGAGAGCGGGGCGGAGGAGCUGCUGCAAGGCGGGGCGGCCGUCAACGCCACCGACAAGUGGGGGAAGACUGCCCUGCACUGGGCUGCGGCUGUGAAUAACGCCCGGGCUGCCCUCGCCCUGCUCCGGAGCGGCGCCAGCAAGGAUGCCCAGGACAACCGGGCGCAAACCCCGCUGUUCCUGGCGGCCCGGGAGGGCAGCGCGGACGUGGCGCGGCUCCUGCUCCGGCACCGGGCGAGCCGGCAGCUCCCGGAUGAGCUGGGCCACCUGCCCCGCGACGCCGCCCAGGCUCGCGCCCACCACGACCUGCUCUGCCUGCUGGACGACCCCCGCCUGGGCCCCCCGCCCCGCCGCCCCCCCCGACUCCGCCCCCUCCCGGAGCAGCCGGAGCCGCCCGCCCCCUGCCUGGUACCCCGCCCCUCACCGUCCCGCCGGCCCUGGGCUCCCAGCCAAUCGGACGGCGCCAUGGUGCAGUGACUCCGCCCCCCGUGCGCUGCCGGGGAGGGGGCUGCUGGGAGAGGUGGCUCGGAUUGGACAGCGCAGGGGUGUGGCUGUGCCAGGCAGUGACAUCACCAGGUGGGCGGAGCAAGCGCCAGAGGAUGGUGUCGGAGACGGGACGUGAGGUCACACACUGGCAUGGUGACGCCCAUGGGAUGCUGAUGUCGCAGACCAGAAAUGAUGUCACACGGAAGACAGUGAGGUCACAACGUGCAGCCCGCUGGACAGGAAAUGAUGUCACCGGGAGACUGGAAGCCAUGGGGGCUCUGACAUCAUUGACAGGCUGUGACAGCG